CCUCCUGCAGCCGUGAGUGGUCCCGAACAGUGAAGACUUAAUUCCAAGGGCAUGGCAAAACAUCUGAAGUUCAUUGCCAAGACUGUGAUGGUACAGGAAGGGAACGUUGAAGGUGCAUACAGGACCCUAAACAGAAUCCUCAGCAUGGAUGGGCUCAUUGAGGACAUCAAGCGACGACGACGGUACUACGAGAAGCCUUGCCGCCGGCGACAGAGGGAAAGCUAUGAAACCUGCCGGCGCAUCUACAACAUGGAAAUGACUCGCAAGAUCAACUUUCUGAUGCGAAAGAAUCGGGCGGAUCCAUGGCAGGGCUGCUGAGGCCUGUGGGUAGUGGGCCCAGUAUGAAAACCCCUGUCCAAUGGUGUCUCCACCUCUUUUCUUUCUCCAACCCCAUUUUAUCUUUCUUGCAAUAAACUCAAUUACGGAUAUAUA